AUGCUCGAGUUCGUGGCGAACACCGCCGAGCUGGCAGACUGCACCACAUUCACCGUCACGCUAAAGGGAGAAGCGCUCGCAUGCGGGGCCGGAGCGCGGGAAGUCGUCCUGCUUCACCUCGACUCUGGCCGUGUGGAACGGUGGGCGCACGGCCUUACGUCUCCGCGACUCUUCUCCGUCGCCUGUGAUGGGCGGUACGUCGUGCUCGUGUGCGACAUGGAGGCUCACAUAUUCACUCGUAACGGGGUGAGGGUCGCCUCCUUCCCAGACGAAACGGAGCCGCUGGGAGACCUCGUCUGCGAGAUCGGGUGGCCGUGGCCGUACGCGUUCAAAUGCGAGCGGCGCCCCGAACGCUCGCGCGACCCAGCCGGUCCUCGGGCGCCGCCCGAGUUCGAGCACGCCGAGACGAGUAUGCGCUGCGUCGUCGCGUACCGCCCCCAAAGCAAGAAGUACGCUCAGCUCACGGGAGAGUUUGAGCGGUGGGGCUUCAAGCCAAUGUUCCGAGGGGCGGGAUUCGGACAGCACGAUCUCGUGCUCUGGGGUGCGAGCGGGUGGGCCCUCGUCGUGCAGAACUACCGCGCCCUGUUCCGUUCCCUCACGGAGGUGGAUGAGAGCGAGCGCGCCAGCUACAUCCGCGAGCGGACCGUAGCGCUCUGCGAGCCGGAGCGUCUGGACUGUUUGGUCGUUAACGGCCAGCGAAUCCUGGGCGCGCGCGCAGCCGGCACGAUGUGGUCCUUUGACCUCUCCACACUCCCACAGCUUCCCUGCAAGCUCGACCCUCUCCCCCUUCCCCCACUCCCAGAGGGCCACGCUGUGCUCCUCGACAUGACGCUGACGCCGGAACACCGCGGCGUCUGGGCGGGCGAGUACACAAACUACGACAUCUCGUGCCUCGCCCAAAUGUCUGCGCGCAGCUCCGUCGCGCUAGAUGCUCGCGCAGCGUACAUGUUAGACUGGGACAAGGGCUUCCCCGGCGGCGCGAGUGUGGAGUACGAGCAGCUCUUCAACGGCGAGCUCGAGAGCGGAACGUGGCCGUGGCCCACCCGGCCUGCAUUCGGGCACGUCAAGAUCUGGACGCAUCGCCCGCACGCGGCCGUGCUCUGGACGCCGCACUCAAGGUGUCUCGGCGCCAUCAUGGGUAAUGGGGUUUGCGGAUGCGGGCGGCGGCACGGGGACGAGUGGGGGUGGGGCAGUGAUGGGGAGGAUGAUGAGGAUGAGGAAGAGGAAGAGGAGCAAGAGACGGAUUGGCAGAACGCCCUCUGGGGCUUGGGGUAUAUGUUUGAUCCGGAAGAUGAGGAUGAGGGGCUGGACGGCCUCGUGCAGCUGUUCAUGGAGGAGACUGAUGAUGGGCCAGACGGACUGGACGGGGUCGUGGAUGUGCUCCUCGAGCUGGAUCUGUCGGAGGACGAGCUGGGAGUUGACUCGGCGAGCGAAGCGGGAGUCUACGCGGCGAGUCUGGACUAG